UCUACAAUCAUCUCCGUUUUCACACUCGUGCUCCUGAGAAGUCAGAUCAUAAAAUCAGAAUACAGUUUACCAACAUGACGGAGGAUGAAGCAGCAGAGGUCUGACCCUAACUCAAUAAUGUCAGUCGUCUUUGCUUCACUGUGAACUCUGACACUGACUGAAGAAUCAGAUUUGACCACCAGAUGGCGUCGAUGUGUUUUUAUUCUUUUGUUGGUGUUUCUCAGGGAGCAGAGGGACACAGAGGAGGUAAAACAGUCACAGCAUCAGUUUCAGUUUCAGUGGAAAGAUAUUUAUCAGAUUCAGAGGCAGCUGUUUGUGAGGACGAUCAGCUGUUUGUGAGGACCAUCAGCUGUUUGUGAGGACCAUCAGCUGUUUGUGAGGACCAUCAGCUGUUUGUGAGGACCAUCAGCUGUUUGUGAGGACCAUCAGCUGUUUGUGAGGACCAUCAGCUGUUUGUGAGGAUGAUCAGCUGUUUGUGAGGACGAUCAGCUGUUUGUGAGGACCAUCAGCUGUUUGUGAGGACCAUCAGCUGACUGUGAGGACCAUCAGCUGACUGUGAGGACGAUCAGCUGUUUGUGAGGACGAUCAGCUGACUGCGAGGACCAUCAGCUGUUUGUGAGGACCAUCAGCUGUUUGUGAGGACCAUCAGCUGACUGUGAGGACCAUCAGCUGUUUGUGAGGACGAUCAGCUGACUGUGAGGACCAUCAGCUGACUGUGAGGACGAUCAGCUGUUUGUGAGGACGAUCAGCUGUUUGUGAGGACCAUCAGCUGACUGUGAGGACCAUCAGCUGACUGUGAGGACGAUCAGCUGUUUGUGAGGACCAUCAGCUGACUGUGAGGACGAUCAGCUGACUGUGAGGAUGAUCAGCUGUUUGUGAGGAUGAUCAGAUGUGAUCUGGUCCUCAAGGAAGAGGGAAAACAUCAACUCUAUUUUAAAGCUCCUGUGAGGAACUUCCAGAUUGAGACAGUUUUGGCGCCCCCUUGUGGACAGAAGUUAAAUCUGUUAAUUUUGUCUCGUACAUGUGUGUUAGAUUGAUUAAAUCACGGACAUGUCCUGCAGCUGAUUUUGGUCUUGAAAUAGAUUUCUUAUUUCUGACUGUAAAAUAGAGAGAUCUGUGGUCCUUCUCUCUGCACACACACACACACACACACACACACACACACACACACACACACACACACACACACACACACACACACACACACACACACACACACACAGCCUCAGGUUUCUUCUCUCUCUGAUUGAUGUCUGACAUUUUCCUCUCCUCGUCCAAAAGUUUGACGCUCGCAGCUCUUCAAAAACAGCUGAUACUGAAGCUUCUCUAUCAGCUGAUAGUUUCCGUCUCCUGAAACGACUUUCUCUAAAGUUUGCCGAUCACUCUCUGAAAAGUUGUUUCUAUGUUUCAGAUCUGAGGCGGCGAGGCCCAGGAGACCGUGGUGUUUCUAUUUCAUUGUUGUUUACCUCAUCCUGCAGACCGGCCUCAACGCGUUCCUCAUCUAUAAAGGUACCUCUGUCUGCUGAUGGGGUUAGAUAUUAUAAAUCAUCAUUUAUGCACCAGAUAAUCCAGAUUAUUCUGGACCUCAGGGACCUCCAGGUGAGCCAGGAGAGAAGGACCCCAGUAAAGGGAUAUUCCAGUAUAAAAUUAAGUUAAAGUCAAACCCACAGUAACACUGAGUUAGACCCCCCCUCCAGAGAUGAAUGUUGUCGACCGCUUGCUUCUCUAGUUAUACCAACUUUAGUAACGACAGAGAGCCACGCGCUCAACCAAAACGCCACUCUAUAGGUACGAAUAAUGCUCAGAACAGCACCUACCUGUGAAAUCAUAUUUUCAAAUUAUAUGCAAAAAUAAAGUCUGUCAGCAAAAAUUAUGUCAUUUGCUGCAAUACAGUGAGAGUUACAGUCAAAUUAAGAGGAAAAAUGACCCUGAGUGGACGUAUUCGUCACCACGACUGUGAAAGUGUUAAUCCUGAUAACCUUACCUCUGUCUUUUGUUCUAUGUGUUUGUCCCCUAUACAGAAGUUGAGUUCAUCUUAUGUUUUGAUGCCUGAUGGACUUUGUUUUUUUUUUCAAUAUUAAGGGUUAAUCUAUUUCCUAAGAUAUUAAUGAGCUUUAACUCUUCGGUCAAUACCUGCUUCAGCUCUUCUACCGUGCUUGCUGAGGAAUAAACUAUGGAGUCAUCAGCAUACAUGACUAUUUUGACAGAGUUCAAGUCCAACGGGAAAUCAUUUGUAAAAAUCAAAAAUAAAAGUGGUCCCAGGCAGCUUCCCUGCGACACCCCACACCUCUCAUUUGUGUCAUCAAACUCCUGACCUCAGAACGCCCUCAGAGAGCGAGUUUUCUGAGCGUACAGGUUUACCUCGUUAGCAUAAAGGCGCUCACACGCCGCAGCAGACAUUAGCUUUCAGCUGCAGGUCCGUCCGCUGAUGAUCCCGGCGUUGAUGACCUGUCAUCUCCUGUCAGACGGCGAUGAGAAUCAGCUGAUGGAUGAGCUGCAGCCAUUAUUUCAUAUCCUCUCAUAACUUAGUCAAGGCAGCGCUGACAUUUCCUGAGUGAGAUCUCCAUCAGAGCUCAGACCUCAGAGUCUGAGACCGAGGUCUACACCUGUCCCACCUCACCUGGACCUGGAGAGUACGGCUGGUUAAAAACAGAUGAAUCCACUUAUUAAAACUGCAGCUGUGGUUAUUAUUGACUCUGUGAGGCUGCCAAUAACGAGGCUGCUCUCCGAUUCAUCAGUAUUCACAAACACUCCUGCACUCCAUUACAAACCUGCUGUUUGCUUCUCUGCAGGUGACACAGGUGCUGCUGGACCUCCAGGACCGAGGGGGGACACGGGACCCGGAGGAGAACCAGGAGCUGAUGGAGAACCAGGAGCUGAUGGAGAACCAGGAGCUGAAGGAGAACCAGGAGCUGAAGGAGAACCAGGAGCUGAAGGAGAACCAGGAGCUGAUGGUGAGUCUCAUAAAAAGGAAGAGAGGAUCAGAUAUACGACAUGUCCUUUUCUCUUAGACCUGCUCUGUUUUACUUUGUUCUUUAAUCUGUGAAAUACAAAUAAAUGAGUAAAAUCAAUGAAUCAAUACUAUUCAAUUCUAAAUGAUACAACAAACCAUGAAACAAUACAGUAUGGUGAGACAUGAUAACAUACAGAGCAGUAAUUAAGGUUCAGUAUAAUACAGUAAACUACAAUACAACAGGAUAUGUUCAAAUACAGUAUAAUAUAAAACAUGAAAAUACUCUGAGAUGGGCUAUACCAUACAACACACUACCAUACAAUAUCAUAAGUUAAUUUACAUAAUGAUACUUUCAGUAUGUGAAUAUUUAUUACAAUGUGAUGCAGUAUAAAAGAAUACAUUAUGAUAUAAUAUGAUAUAAUAUGAUACAGUCAUGAUACAUUACACCUUUAAUUCAAUUUCACUUCAAUACAAACUAAUACAGUAAAUAACAUUACAAUGAAAUAUGAGACAAUAUGAUAAAAUAUUACUAUAUAAGAGGAUGAUAUACAACACAAUAUAAUAGGAUAUGUGACAUUACAAUGAGACACAAUAUGACAAACAUUGUAUGAUAAAAUACAACAGAAUACGAUUGAGUCUGAUAUGAUAUGUUACCGUAUAUACGUUAUAAAAAUAUGAUAUAUAAUACAUUACAAUACAAUUAGAUAUAAUACUAUAAAAUAAGAUUAGUCAAACUGUGAUGAAAAAGGAUGAAAAGUAAUAAAAUAAAGUUCAAAUAAAUAAAAGAUCAGAUAUGUUACAUUUGUAUCUAAUAUGAAUAAUUAGGAGAUAAUACUCAAAGAUAUAAUAUGAUAAAUAACGAUAAAAUAUGUUAUGAUACAAUCUGAUACAAUACCAUACCUUAUAAUAUAGUCCUGGUCAAAAUAAAAGCACAUGAUCAGAUUUAAUGAGAUAUGAUCAGAUUUUUAUUGAUAAGUUACUUCAACACAAAAACAGACCAGACUAACCCGAGGCUGCAGACAGAGACAGACGACGUUACUUAAGUGUUUUUUGAAGGUGAGUAUGAACCAGUCCAUCUGUUCUUGGUACCUGUUCAGAGGAACCUUUUAGUGUUGUUUUAUGAUACCUGUUCAGUUCCAUCAUCUCCUUUAACAUUGUGGGAUCUACUUUUUGAUAAUUGUGUUUUAGUCACCCUCAGAAACCGGACUAGAGGGUCUCCAGGUCUUUAAAGUUCCCCCUCUGUGCAGUACUUAGUCGGUCUUUUAAAUAUAGAUCAUUGUUGGUAUCUUCUUUGUAAAAUAACUCUAUUACCUCGAUCUUGGAGAAUUUUAGUGUCUGUUUGAAGAGACCCGUCUGCAGCUACCUCUGUAUACUCAUGAGGAUCCUGCUGCUCCUGUGAGGAGACCUAACCAAAGGGGGACACUGGGUCAGGUCUGGCUGUGUUUUUUAAAGACUCAGUCAGUAAUAAAAGAAAUAAAUCAUUAUGCAGUAAAACCGAUCAAUCAAAGCCCGAUCAAACAGUUCACAGGGGAUUUCAGGCUUUAAAGAGACCACCUGUCCUCAAAUCAGAUCCUGCAUGUAAACAAAGUGAGCCAGGAAAGACAAGAGUCAAUCAUCCAACCACGUCUCUGCGUCUCCUUCAUCAUCAUCAUCUCCUUAUUAUUUAUUAUUAAUUAAAAUAAGAAUAGAAUUCCUCAUAAACAGAGAUCCGUCUCUGACUCACAGUCUGAUGAUGUUUCCUGCAGACGGCAUGCAGACCUCCUCUCUGGUUUAGUGAAUAAACCACAUGAGGAGACUGAACCCCUGGAGAGAAGACCGUAACAUCAGCAGGUUUCUGCAGAGACCUCAGCUCCUCCUCCUCCUCUAACUUCUGGUUAUUGUUGGUGGGAAUGGUGCUGACGUGUGGAUACGAUGACGUGACGACUUCUGUGAUUUACACGAUCACCCCAAACAAAAACACAAACGUUUGAUAGGAACAGAAAAAACUGGAAAAUGAACUUUUUCUUUUCUUUCUGAAGCACAGAAAAGUUUUUGUGAUUUUUGUGAUCUUGCAGAUUUUUAACUUAUCCCAGGUUCUCUGAACCGCCUCCACAGUGACGUUUGUCUCGUAUCAGGCAGAGGGUGAGGACGGGUGGAGGUGAGGUACAACGGGGAGUGGGGCACGGUUUAUAAAGACCACUGUAACUCCCAGGAUGAGAAAGGUGGUCUGUAAGAUGCUCAGUUUACUACAGCGCCACCCCAGGUCAGAAAGCAGAACCACAGGAGCUUUUUCAAAAACCCGCUCUACCGCCAAUCUUUAUUUUUACUCUGUGUUUAUGUUUGUGUUCAUACAAAUAAAGUAUAUAUGUGUGUCUGUAUAAAUACAGUUUAUGUGUGUUUAUAUAAAUAUAGAAUAUAUGUGUGUUUAUAUAAAAACAGUAUAUGAGUGUUUGUGCAGAUACAGUAUAUUUGUGUUUUUAUAUAAAUACAGUAUAUAUGUUUGUUUAUAUAUAUAGAAUAUAUAUGAUUGUGUUUGUAUAAAUACAGAUUAUAUAUGUUUAUAUUAAUACAGUAUACAAGUGUGGUUAUACUAAUACAGUCCAAACAUGUUUAUAUAAAUACAGUAUAUAUUUGUGUUUAUAUACAUACAGUAUAUAUGUUUGUGUGUAUAUGAAUACAGUAUACAUAUAUGUGUUUAUAUAAAUAAAGAAGAUUUAGAUGUUUACAUAAAUACUAUAUAUAUAUAUAUAUAUAUAUAUAUAUAUAUAUAUAAUAUUGAGGUAUUUACAUAAAUAAAUACUGUAUAAAUGUGUUUAUAUAUAUAGUAUAUAUGUGUGUGUUUAUAUAAAUAUAAACUAUUUAGAUGUUUAUAUAAACACAGUAUAUGUGUUUUUUAUAAAUUCAGUAUACAUCUGUGUUUACAUAAAUACAGUAUAUACUGUAUGUUUGUUUAUAUAUAUAUACAGUAUAUGUGUGUUUCUAUAAAUAGAGUUUAUAUGUGUUUAAAUAAAUACAGUAUAAAUGUUUCUUUAUAUAAAUACAGUAUAUAUAUGUGUGUUUAUAUAAUUACAGUGUGUAUAUUUAUAUGUCUUUAAAUAAAGAUCACCUCCUCUCUUCUGUCCCUCCGAAGGCUCUGGGAGGAUCUGGCGUCCUGCUGUGUCGCGGGUUAGAGAAGGAGAUCUUGGACUGUCCAGGUCACGCUGGACUCAGUGUGCGCACCUGUCAGCACACAGAGGACGUGUCAGUCAGCUGUUUUUAACCUGACACCACUCUGAAGACCAGGGCGGAGGGAGAUGGUUCAGCUGUGACAGGAGUCAAAUAUAAACCUCACAUGUUCACGUCUGACUGUGAGGAGGAGAGCAGCGCUGAUGCUAAUUAUAACCACAGCUGGAUCUCACAGAGCCUCCAACUCACUUCAUCAUCAGGGAGAACAUUAGCUCCAACAGCAGACAGACUCAUGCUGAUCAAACUUCUUCUUCCUGUUUUCAUCUCACAAUCAUCAUCAUCUGUCACUCAGUCUUCAUCACUUCUCCUCCUCCUCUUCCUCCUCAUCUCUUCCCCUCAGCGACAGACCAUCACCUCUCGUCCAUCGCACGUCAACGUCCAGAGCUCUGCGGAGGUCAGCGAAGAUGAGGAGGUCACAGUGAAGGGCUGGAGAGGAGCUGAGGAAAUGUUUCUGACACAGCUGGCACGUCACGUUUCCCCUGACACCGCAGGGAGAUGAAGAGGAGGAGGAGGAGGAGGAGGAAGCUGCUCUGUUCCUCAAAGAUCAUACUGUUAAAGGUGUCAGAAACCUUCUCCACAUCUCCUCCAUCGUUGGACAUUUCUUAAAGUUUCGACUCUCGUACCUUCAGGAGGAAAUGAACUUCAGUCAGUACGUUUACAUCCACAGUUUAAUCGGACUAAACUCAUCAUUCAUUUUUUUCUCUGAUUCAGACUUCCCUCCUUGUCUGCUGAGAAAAUUGAAUUAUUGACAUGAACGUGUCCUCCUCUCCAACACUAGGGGGCGAUAUGGGUCUUUUCAGCGGCGCUGUUUCCGACCCCAUCCAACCGUCAACAACAACAGCAGGUCGGUGUCAGACGUCAGAAGUGUCUACAACUGCUGCUGGGCAUUUUGGAGAAACAAGAAGAUGGAGCAUCGUACAGCGUUGUUUUUGUCCGACAUGAUGGACGCGCUACUUUUUCUAAAGAGGAGACCAACGCUACUCCUCUACUCUGGGGGUUUUGUUCGUUCACAUGCAUUGUCCAACAAUGUUACCAACCUAGUGACAUUGUUGCUUGAUUUAGCGACUUUUCAGACCCCCUUAACGACUUAUUUAUUUAAAAAAAAGGGCCUGGUGACAAACUUAACGACUUUUUGUGGAGUUUAGAGACUCCAACAUAAACGCGGGAAUAGAUGUUACUCUUCUGAACGGGUAGCAGGUGUGCAUCAAAAACAUGAACACAGACAACCACGGAGUAGACUCCUCCUCCUCCUCCUGGGGGUGGGGGGAUCAGUGGCGACAGUGGGUUUGACAGAGAAAUUAUGCAAAUAAGGUGAUGAUGUCAUCUAGCGACUUCUGGCGACUUUUCUUACUAAGGAGUCGGCAACACUGUUGUCCGAUCAUACUCCGACUACGCUGGUUACAUGGUAGAGAAAAUCGAAUUCCAAUCACAUUAUCUGAGUGUCUUAAUCAGAGUUCUUAAACUCUGAUUAUAGUCGGACUAAAGUGUUUACAUGACCUUCAGCUGUCCGGUCUUAAUCGGAGUAAGGCGAUAAUUCGGUUUUCUCGAGUGUCAUGGAAACGGACUGACUGUGA